AUGAUCCGCCGCUUGUUGCAGCCGCGCCGGCCGACGCGUUUCUUGCGCUCAUAUGCAUCGUUACCUGAGCCGUUGAAGCGGCGCGUUCUAGAGACGCCGAUGGCGCCGACGUACGACCCGAUGUCGGUGGAAGAGGGCUGGCAGCCCUACUGGCAGACGCACGCGUCGACGCCGGACGCGACGGAGCACUUUACGAUGCUGCUGCCGCCGCCCAACAUCACUGGCGCCUUGCACAUUGGCCACGCGCUCACGGCGACGAUCCAGGAUGCGAUCGCGCGCUGGCACCGCAUGCGCGGCUUCGACGUGCGCUGGAUCCCGGGCCUCGACCACGCCGGCAUCGCCACGCAGAGUGUCGUCGAGAAGAAGCUCAUGCGCGAGCAGCAGCUCACGCGACACGACAUUGGCCGCGACGCCUUCUUAAGCCAUGUCGAGGCGUGGUACGAGACGUACGGGUCGCGCAUCCUCGGGCAGCUGGACCGGCUCGGCGCCGUCCUCAACCACGACCACAAGUACUUUACGCUCGACGGUCCUCGGUCGGCCGCGGUCGUCGACGCCUUUGUCCGUCUCCACGAGAAAGGCCUCAUCUACCGCCACCGGCGCAUGGUCAACUGGUGCCCGACGCUCCAGACCGCCAUUUCAGACAUUGAGGUGGACGCAGUGCCGUUGACGAAGCGCACGCUGCUGCCGCUGCCCGGUCGCAAGGCGCCGGUGGAGUUUGGGGUCAUGUACCGCUUCCGCUACCAGGUCGCCGACGCCGACGACCUCUUCGUCGAGGUCGACACGACGCGUCCGGAAACCAUCCUCGGGGACGUGGCCGUCGCCGUGCACCCGGAGGACGACCGGUACACGCACCUCCACGGGCGAUCUGUGCUGCACCCGUUCUCGGGUCAGAGACUCCCGAUCGUCUGUGACGCGGCGCUCGUCAACCCCGAGCUCGGCACUGGCGUCGUCAAGAUCACGCCGGCCCACGACGCCAACGACUUUGCGUGCGCCCAGCGCCAUAACCUGCCUGAGCCCAUCGUGAUCGACCUCGACUGCAAGAUGGUGACCGACAUCCCGUCGCUCUCAGGCUUGGACCGCUUUGACGCGCGGCUCCACAUAAUCGAGCUGCUCCGCGAAAAGGGGCUCUUCAUCGACACGCUGGACCACCCGACGACGGUCUCAAUCUGCUCGCGCUCGGGCAACGUCAUCGAGCCGUACUUGAUGCCGCAAUGGUUCAUCAAGUGCGAAGACAUGGCGGCGCGCUCGGCGGCGGCGGUGCGCACGGAGGCGCUGCCGUUCCAGCCGCCGACGCAGCACCAGCACACGUGGUAUCACUUCCUCGACAACGUCCAGGACUGGUGCAUCUCGCGCCAACUGUGGUGGGGGCACCGGAUUCCGGCCUACCGCGUCCAUACCGACAAGAUGACGACGGACGACAAGUGGGUCGUCGCGCGGUCCAUCGAAGACGCAACGGCGCAGGCGAUGACGCAGUACGACCUGUCGCCGGGCUCAUUCACGCUCGAGCAAGACGAAGACGUUCUCGAUACGUGGUUCAGUUCGGCCUUGCUCCCGCUUUCGUCGCUGGAGUGGCCGAAUGACGAUAGCGUCCCCGAGUCGAUUCGCCACUUGUACCCAAUGUCGCUCCUCGAGACGGGCUCGGACAUUCUCUUCUUCUGGGUCGCCCGCAUGAGCAUGCUCUGCACCGAGGUACACGGCGGCACACAGCCGUUUAAGGCUGUGUGGCUGCACCCAAUGGUGCGCGACAAGACGGGCCGCAAGAUGUCCAAGAGCCUUGGCAACGUCAUCGAUCCGCUGCAUGUGAUUGGCGGCAUCGACCUCCCGACGCUCCUCGACGGCCUCCACGAAGGCAACCUCGACCCCAAGGAGCGCGCGCGGGCCGAGAAGGAGCUCAAGAAGGAGUUUCCGAGCGGCCUCCCGAGCUGCGGCACGGACGCGCUCCGGCUCACGCUGGCCUCGUAUCUCUCGCAAGGUCGUCAAAUCAACAUGGAUCUGCAGCGCGUCGUGGCGUCGCGCCACUUUUGCAACAAGAUGUGGAACGCUCUGCGGUAUGCGCUGCCAUUGGUGCAGACAGCGUCGUCGUCAUCGCUCGAGUCGCACGUGCCGUCCAUGAGUCUCGCGGACCGCUGGAUUCUCAGCCGACUGGCGGACGCCGUCACCAAGGUGCACGACGGCUACGGCAGCUUUAAGCUCGCCACCAGCGCGACGGCGGCCCAGCGCUUCUUCAUCCAGGAGCUCUGCGACGUGUACAUUGAGUUCUCCAAGCCUGUUCUGUACCAAGACGACGAUGCGCACGCCAAGGAGGCGGCCAAGGCGACGCUGACGACUGCCUUGGACACGUCGCUGCGGCUCUUGCACCCCAUCAUGCCGUUUGUGACCGAAGAGCUCUGGCAGCGGCUCCAAGGCGGCAGCGAGCACUCGCUCAUGACGGCCGCGUUCCCGGAUCCGGCGCAGUGGGCGCGCUGGGUGGACCGUGACGCCGAAGCGAGCAUGCAGGCGGUACUGGAUGUCAUGCACGCGGUGCGGUCGUUGCGGCACACGCGCAAGACGCUGGCGCCGGACGCGUCGACCGUCGAUGGCUUGAAGAUUCAGUGCAGUGAUGCGACGACGAUGGCGCUCCUACAGCGCAACCUGAGCGACAUUGCAACGCAGUGCCGGGCCGGGCCGGUCGCGCUCGUGAGCACCGUCGACGACGAGACCAAGUCGCCCGACCAUAUCUGGCUCACGCACUCGCUACACGAGCACUGCCAAGUGCUGUUGCCGCUGCCCAUCGGGCUCGAGACCAGCGGUCGCAUUUCGGCCGAGGUCGACCGCCUCAUGAAGCGCCAGGCCAAGGCUGCGAAGACGCUCGCGAUGCUGGACGCCAAGCGGGCCGACCCCAAGUACGCGACGAACGUCCCCGAAGCCAUCCAGGCGCAGGACGACGAACGCAUCGGUCAAGCCUCUGUCGAGCACGCCAGUCUCGGCGAGAGCUUGGCCGCACUGGCGACGCUACAGGCGCAGGUUGACCGGCUCCAGCACCAGUAGUAGAAGACCUGUAGACGAACUAUGAUACCGUAGUGUAUGAGGGUCGGACAGCUGUCGGCUUCAGUCCAA